AUGGCGAGUGCAGGCGCAGUCCUCCUGGAGGCCAGGCCUUUUAGGCCUUUCAAGUCCUCAGAGGAGUACCUGUAUGCUAUGAAAGAGGACUUGGCUGAGUGGCUGACAGUCCUCUACCCUGAACUGAGGAUCAACGCUGAUAACUUUCUUGAUAGGCUGGAUACUGGCGUUGCAUUGUGCAGGAAUUACGUAUUUUUGGAGAGUUCAUACAUUGGAGAUCGAGAUAUCAAGACGACUUUUUACAUAAAUUCACUUUUGGCUUUGUUCAUGUGUUCCUAUAAUAAAGUUUCUAAUCUUCAUCUUAUUUGA